UGAUUUUGCAUUUCUGGGAGCAUUACUGACGGAUAGAGAGAACUGUAUAUAAACAAUACAGUUCCCUCCCCUGUCAGCUCCUGCACACUGUUGCCAUGCAAAGCUGUGUGCUGACAGUUGAAAACACACAUACAGCACACAGUAAAACAGCACACAGUAAACCCUUUGAUCACCCCACAUGUUAACCCCUUUCUUCCCAGUGCCAUUAGUACAGUGUCAGUGCUUUUUAUUAGCACUGAUUACUGUAUUGGUGUCACGGGGGGUGUCUUUGACACCAAGUCAGUUCCCCCAAGUGUUAGAAUGUCUGCCACAGUCC